CGCUCUCUCGUACCUCUCCACCAUUUCUUGUUCUCUUCCUGCCCUCCUUCUUGCCCAUUCAAUUCUCUCUCUCUCAGAAGAAGAAGAAGAAGAAAAGAUGAGCAGCGAGCCGUCGGCAAGAGAAGCCCAGAAGCCUCCCCACCACCCCCUCCACCAGAUUGCGGAGAGCGCAACUCACAAGCUUCUUUUGAAGCAAUGGCUUAAGGAAGAGGAGCACAUCUCCCGGCGCGUCUCCCUCAAGGAGGUCAGGAUUGAUGCCGUCCGCAAGGAGAUCGCCACCCUCUACUGUGCCUUCUUCUUAUUCCACUCCAUCAUCCUCCUCCUCCUCUACAGCACCGCUGUCGCCCUACGCCCCUCGGGCCAUGCCUGCCGCCGCUCCUGGAUCCCCUGCCUCUGCUCCCUCCUCUGCUCCAUGGCCAUCGUGUGGGCCAUCCGCUACAAGACUGACACCGAGAGCCUCCUCCAGAGGCUGCUGGAGAGGGAGAAGGAGGACGGGAUGCUCCUCAUGAAGUGCGUCGCCGAGUUGAAGAAUAAAGGGAUGGAGUUCGACCUGUUAAAGGAGGUCGAUGCGCUGAGGAGGGCCAAAAGCUUGAAGGUUGUCGAGGCCAAGUGCGGCACCGUGAGAAAGUGGUCGGCAAAGGACUUCACUACCAUGGUCUUUAUCGCACUCUCCUGUGCGGUUUUAGGUCUCACAAGGUUGGUGCUCUGUAAUUAAGAGUUUGGCUGGGGUUGAUCAGAUUUGGGGGAACUCCCUUGAGUUCUUGGGUAGUUGGGGGGUUUUGGGUUGGGGAGAACCUUGAUUCUGAUAUGAAUUGGGGGUUGUUUCUUCCAUUUCUUCACGGUUUAUGGCGUAAUUUGGAUGGAACAAUUGCAGAAUGUUCUGUUCUGCCAUUUUUUGAUGUUUCUGAAACCCCUUGUGGGAAUUGUCCAAUAAGAUUGAUUGCAGUGCAAUUUCUAUGGAAUUCUAAUUUUCCCCUGAAAA